AUGGGGAGUGUGUCUUCUGAUGAUGACGAUGGUUGUGGUAGUGAGGUGUGUGGGAGCUAUAGUUUGAGUGCUGAUGUCAGCGAGUCCGAGAGUUGUACCAGUACGAGUAGUUUUUCGUGUAGGCGAGGGUUUGGUCGUGAUGGUGGUGGUUCUGGUGCUGGUGCUGGUUCGAGUUCGAUGACCUCAUCUCCUCGUCCGGUGGGUGGAGGUUUCUGUUUUCCGGCACCGGUUAUGGUUCCGGUUAUUGGUGGUAAAGAUGUGGCGGUUUGGGACUCGAAGAAUGAGAAACGAGGAGAUAUUGAUUUAUCUGAAGCUGAAAUGAUGAAAGAAAGAUUUGCUAAGCUUCUACUAGGAGAGGACAUGUCUGGUGGUGGUAAAGGAGUCUGCACUGCACUUGCCAUCUCAAAUGCCAUCACAAAUCUAUCUGCAACUGUUUUUGGCGAGUUGUGGAGGUUAGAGCCAUUGGCGCCACAAAAGAAGUCGAUGUGGAAAAGGGAAAUGGAAUGGCUGUUAUGUGUGAGUGAUUCGAUUGUUGAGCUUGUACCAUCGAUACAGCAAUUUCCUGGUGGGGGAACUUAUGAGGUUAUGGCAACUAGACCACGGUCGGAUUUAUAUGUGAAUCUGCCGGCGCUCAAGAAGCUGGAUGCUAUGUUGAUUAGUAUGCUUGAUGGGUUUUGUGAAACGGAGUUUUGGUAUGUUGAUCGGGGGAUAGUUUUGGCUGAUGGUGGUGAAUGUGAUGCAUAUCCAUCUGGUAUUUCUGGUGGGAGGCCUUCGAUUAGGCAGGAAGAGAAAUGGUGGUUGCCGUGUCCUAAACUGCCACCAAAUGGGUUGUCGGAUGAUGCAAGGAAGAGGCUGCAGCAGUGCAGAGAUUGCACCAAUCAGAUAUUGAAAGCAGCAAUGGCCAUUAAUAGUAGCGUGCUAGAUGAGAUGGAAAUACCUACUGCGUACAUGGAGACCUUGCCCAAGAAUGGAAAAGCUUGCCUUGGUGAUAUCAUCUACCGCUACAUAACUGCUGAGCAGUUCUCGCCAGAAUGCCUCCUUGAUUGUCUUGACCUUUCAACAGAGCAUCAUACUCUGGAAAUAGCAAACAGGAUUGAGGCAGCAGUGCAUGUCUGGAAGCAUAAAGAUCAUAAAAAACAUACUCAUAACGUGAAAAUCAAGCACACAUCAUGGGGUGGCAAGGUCAAGGGCCUUGUUGCAGAUACGCAUAAGAAUCAGAUAUUGGCCCAACGAGCUGAAACUCUCCUACAGAGCUUAAGGCUUCGUUUCCCUGGUCUCCCGCAAACAGCUUUGGAUAUGAACAAGAUUCAAUAUAACAAGGAUGUUGGGCAAUCAAUUCUUGAAAGCUACUCAAGAGUAAUGGAGAGCUUGGCCUUCAACAUUAUGGCAAGGAUUGACGAUGUUCUUUAUGUAGAUGAUGCUACCAAGCAAUGUGCUGCAGCAGAAUCGUUGUCUCUCUUCAACAGAGGAGGGUUAGGAGGUCUUCCCAUCCAGAAGAGAAUGUCGCCUAGCCCCUUCUCAAUUCAACAAAGCCCUUUUGCCUCUCCAUUUGCAACCCCAACGUAUUGUGCUUCGACUCCAGUGUCUGGAAGCCCUGAAAGGGUGACUCCCUCUCUAAAGAGGGGAAAACCUAAGGAAACACCUGAUCGAAAGUUUGAAAAACCACUAUCAUCCGACUUUGAGAGGGUUUGGUCAUACACCGGCAACCUAAGUUCAAGAAGAGUUUCUGGGAUUGCUCCUGAAAGAGAUUGA